CGGAGAUGUCGGUGACGUCUCCGCGCUCCCGACGGCUGCAGACAAACUGCUGCAAAGUGCUGCGUCUCUGAAUAAAAGAAGAAAAUGUUUCGAUGAGCGCUCCUCCAUAAUCAACCAGCCCUGAUUGGACGCUUUCUCCUCAACGUCUUACUUGCAGAAGCCACUGUGGGUGGCAGCGCUGCCAUGGAGACCGUGGUGAUUGUGGCCAUCGGGGUGCUGGCCACCAUCUUCCUGGCUUCCUUUGUUGCCCUGGUGGUGGUGUGCCGACAUCGUUACUGCCGCCCGCACGACCUGCUGCAUCACUUCGACUCCAAACCCACCGUGGAUCUGAUCGGUGCCAUGGAAACACAGAGCGAGCCGUCGGAGCUGGAGCUGGACGACGUGGUCAUCACCAACCCCCACAUCGAGGCCAUCCUGGAGAACGAGGACUGGAUCGAAGAUGCCUCCGGGUUGGUCUCUCACUGUAUCUCUAUCCUGAAGAUCUGCCACACUCUGACUGAAAAAUUAGUUGCCAUGACAAUGGGCUCAGGGACAAAGGUCAAAGCACCAGCCAGUCUGAACGAUAUCAUCACUGUGGCCAAACGCAUCAGCCCAAGGGUGGACGACGUGGUCAGAUCCAUGUAUCCUCCUCUGGACCCAAUCCUGCUGGAUGCCAGGGCCACCGCUCUCCUCCUUUCAGUCAGCCACCUCGUGCUCGUUACCAGGAAUGCCUGCCACAUGUCGGGCAGCUUGGACUGGAUCGACCAGUCGCUCCAUGCAGCUGAAGAUCACAUGGUAGUUUUGCGCGAGGCGGCGCUGGCUUCAGAACCGGAGCGACACAUUCCCGGAGCAGACACGCAGAGAGAGCAGGCCAUCUAGAGCAUGCACCCCCAAAGCUCCAAAAGUGUACGAUUUCUCCUCAAGUUGUCACUUCUGAUACUCACACGACACUUAUUUUAUUGACCACCUUGAACAGGUUCACAUCCUAAACUUGUCAUGCGGGACGAGAAUGACGACGCCGAGCUGACGGCUGCUGGAACUCAACUGUCAAGCUUCUCAAGUUUGCACCACGGCAACACAGAAAGCACC